AACCUUUACAACGGAAACAAAAUCAUGGAGGCAGGGAAUCCUGGGAUACAAGUUUGAAUUUCGAGAGGGAGGGGUUUCUGUGAUGAUGUAAUUGAAAAUUGCUUUAUAAAGUCGUCACGUCCGCAGCUGUCUCAGCCAUUUUGUUCCUUUCCAGAAGAGUGGAUGUAUAUCGCGAAACUUCGGCUCUAGCGGCAGCUGGUGGUAGUGCGUCACCGAAGAGGGUCAGGAACCAAGCCAAAAAAAUCAAAUGGAGGAGGAAAAAGUUGUGUUCUCAAGAUCUAGAAAUUCACUCCUUGGAGAGACUGGUGCGCUGGAAGAAGCCUUUAAACUUUUCAUUCCUCCCAUCAAGGACUUUAUAGCUAAUUCCGAGGACGAAAUAUGGGAUUUUCUUUGCAGCUUGAGGCACGAAGGCUUUUCUCCUGUUAUUCUGAGGAGUAAGGAUGUGUACGGGUAUUCAUCCUGCCGAUCGGUCGUGCCGGAUAAGAGGAAGGGUGAAGGCGAAAGUACUUCGAAAGUUGUUUCCAAGAAGCCCAAGGCUGUAGGACGACGCGUGAAGAGGAAGCGGGGCAGAAAACCAUGGACAUCGAGCAAAAAUAGGAAGAAGACCGGGUCUGGGUCGCGGACACGAAACUCGCAGGGCACAGCUGGCGUGCACCCCUGUCAGAUGAAAGAUCUGGAGGAAAUCUGGAGGGCAGCAACUCCUCAGUUGAUUUCUGUCCGGUCGGUGACGCUGGAAGAGCUCUCUUCGGGAGAUGACAUACCUGCGGCGAGACGCAAAGCUGAGAAACUGAUGAAUGUGAAUCUCACUCCCGUCCUCAGGCUCAGGCGCUUGGUUAUGCCGAUGUAACAUGAAUUCUGAAACCGGAAUGGCUGCUAUUACGACAAAACUGCACUUUAAACGGAAUUCUUCCUGAAACUUUACCUUAAUAUUGUAUUACCUUAUGUAAUUCCCUGGGAAAAUAAGAAGCAAUGGAAAGCACAAAAAAGUGAAUUCCUAAUGCUGCAAACUUGUAAAAAAACGCUUUUUUCCCUCAUGUGUGAAAGGACGUUUUUCUUAACUUCUGGAAAGGCUUAAAUAGUUAAGUCUGAAUUUAACUUGUAUUUUAAUUCUUAUGCCAAAAUGGUAAUUACCAGCUACGUUUUUGAAGUCACCAGCUCACGAGACAGUUUGUCCAUUUCUACAUGGUUUUUACUGAUGUACAAAACAAUUUUUGAGUGACAUACUUUCUACUAUAUCUUGGAACUCUGUCCACGAACCAGCAGUGUGAACCCCGAUGGGUUCAAAUCUAAACUAUACGUGUAGGAGUGGAAGGCAACCGAGGGCAAGAACUUUUUGUUCUGAACUUCGGCUGCGUUAUCUUUAUUCAGGGGUCGAGUAGUGUGCGAACGCAAUCAACUCCGCGUCACCCUCUACGUCACUGUCGCCGGAACAAAAUUACAGAAGUCACUAAGAGGCGUGGAUGGACAGAUAUAUUGUCACCAUGUCGGCACAGCAUGUCAGUAUGGCGUUUGAUGUAUUCGCACGUCUAAACUGUGAUAGGCUUCAGUCGAAGUGCACACUUUUAACCUAGUUUAGUUGUUGCAGCCAACAAGACUGAGUUCUUUCAUAAAUGGUAGUUUUUUUUCCUCAAGUGAUAUAGUGUCUUAUUUAUUGUUCUAUAUGUCUCUGUAAACACUCUAGAAUUUUGUGUCGUUUUAUUUAAAGCAUUUGUCAAGUUUAAAGUACAAGUUUUUUUGGGGGGGAAAUGAGAUCUCGAGUAAUGUAGCAGGUAUAGUGCAACUUUGUGGAAUCGUUGAUAUUUAUUUUGAUUUGAAUAACUUAUGGAACCACAUCCUGCAGCUGCCAAAUUGGACACAUGAUUGCGUUUCCCCUUUAUUUCGGAAUGUAGCCAUAAUGCAAAUAAUGGUGUAAAUGAAGGGGAAGGUGAGCAGGUUUUUUUAUUGAAAUCCUGGCAUUGAUGUCACAGCACUCAUUUUUUUUUAUAACCCCGUAUGUUUAAAUAACUCCACGAAGUUCCUGUCGGUCUUCAUUCAUCUCCCACCUUCCAAAGAUGUGCUGGCUGUCUUAGAAUUUUUGUCUCUAAAUAGUCCAUUUGGGCCGGGUAAUGGUCUGGCAUCCCACCCGAGGCGUAGACCCACUUCACGCCUGUGCUUCCGCUAAUGGCUGUGGGUUGCUGUGACCCUUCCCAGGAAUAACAAUGGUUUCUGAGAGUGGAUAUCUGGGCAAGGCUCAGCUAAGGCCAAGCUAAAAAAAAAAAAUCCAGUUUUCCAUUGUCUGCUUGGUGGUUUGAAAACCUUACUGGAUGUAAAGAAUGUAUAUAUAAUUUGCCAUUUUGACGGAAACGACUGCACUCUGUAUUUUUAAUGCAAGAAAAUCCUACAAAAAGUACAGAUGGGUGUUUAACUGUAUCUAUUAUAGAUACAGCAACUGAACACGCAGCACAGAAGUGAGCAGAUGCUUAGCAAUGUUUGGGGAGGCUGACGAAGAUACACAGGGCUGGCCUUGAUUCCAUGGACACGAUGGACUGUUUGGAAACGAUUAACAUUUUAGCGGUGGUGGUACAACAGGGUUCUGCAACUUCUCGUAUGCAAUGUUAAAAGGGCUUUCUGAAAAUGUCUUAUUUAUGCUUUGAUCUCUUCGUUCUUUUUAUAUUAUUUGAUAUGCUUUGGAUUUUUUUUUUGUACGUGGUCUGAACUGGAAUCUUAUCUUUGAAAUAAACUAUUCUGUAAAUUGUA